AUGUGGGGUUAUUUCUUUGGAGGAAAUAGUCAACAAAAGAAGGAUUUACCUAAAAAAGCCAUAGUUGAAUUAAGAGAACAUAUAUCAACUCUUAAUAAAAAGAAAAAUCAUUUACAACAACAAAUGGAUGAUCAAGAUCAAUUAGCAAGAAAAUAUGUAGCAUCAAAACAAUCAAGUUUAGCCAAAAAUGCAUUAAAAAGAAAAAAAGGUUAUGAAGCAAAUUUAAUAAAAGUUGAAAAUCAAAUUGAAACUUUAGAAACACAAUUAAUUUCAAUUGAAGGUGCUAAUUUGAAUUUAGAAACUAUGAAAGCUAUGAAACAAGGAGCAAAAGCUAUGAAGCAAAUACAUGGAGAAUAUGAUGUUGAUAAAGUUGAAGAUACAAUGGAUGAAAUUAGAGAACAAGUUGAAUUAGCUGAUGAAAUUAGUGAUGCAAUAUCAAGACCUGUGGGUAAUGAAUAUGUAGAUGAAGAUGAAUUAGAUGCUGAAUUGAAAGAAUUGGAAAAUGAACAAAAAGAAGAAGAACAACAACAAAGAAUACCUAAACAAAAAGCAAGACCAAUCAUACAUGAAGAAGAAGAAGAAUUACCAUCAUUUCCAAGUGUUAGUAAAAAUAAACCUGUUACAGAAGAUGAUGAGGAUGAAGAAGCUUUAAAAGCAUUACAGGCUGAAAUGGGAUUAUAG